CAACGACAGCAAAUAGAAACACAGCUAUAAAACAACAUCUGUUCUUUCAGUCUUUUAACAAUUAGAGCACUUGCCCUUUCUCGCGCACAGUCUUCGUGCUCUCUCUCUUUCUUUGCGUGCUGCUUCUUGUUUUUGUUGAACCACACGCCAUGGCUUCGAUUACCGGAACUUCAAUCUCCAUGACCUCUCUUUCGAGGUCUCUUAGCACCCAGGCACCAAGAAAUGGUAUCUCUAGUUUGAGGAUUUCACUUCCCAUUAGUGGAAGAAGCUUUCCUUCUCUUAGAUUGCAAAAGGGUGCAUCUCGCUUCCGUGUCUCCUGUGCGGCCAAACCAGAGACGCUAAAUAAAGUGUGUGAAAUUGUAAGGAAGCAGUUGGCACUAGCACCUGAAACCGCUGUUAACGGAGAGUCGAAGUUCGUUGCAUUGGGAGCUGAUUCUCUUGACACGGUUGAGAUUGUAAUGGGACUUGAGGAGGAAUUUGGAAUCAGUGUAGAAGAAGAAACGGCACAGAGUAUACUCACUGUUCAAGAUGCAGCUGAUCUGAUUGAGAAGCUUAUCGAGAAGAAAGCUGCUUAAACUAGUUUGGAAGAGUUGAAGGCAUAGUAGUUUUAUAUGAAGUUUAGUUCUAUAUUUUGUUCUUUUUUUUUUUUCCCUAAACCUUUUCUUUUGUCUCCUGCUUUCUAGUCUGGAAAACAAAAUAUAAACACAUGGUUUUGUUUUCAUCUAAGUUAAAUGUUGUAUGCUGUCAAUGUGCUGUUAGUCACCACAUCUCUAAUAUAUCAUAAACUUGGUCUUUUUUGGGAGCAAUGAAAAAACAGCAUAAUUCAGUACA